UCAAACAACAAAGAACUAAUUUCAAAGGGUUUUUCGAUUUUCAGCUUCGCCACACUCUCUCUCACACACACACACACACACAAAAAGACGUGGGAAUGACGAAAUUCAGGAAGCUCAAUCGCCCCACAGGCCACAGAAUGUCCAUGCUUCGGACGAUGGUAUCUCAGUUAGUGAAGCACGAGCGGAUAGAAACGACAGUGGCGAAGGCAAAGGAAGUUCGUCGGCUUGCUGAUAAUAUGGUACAACUCGGGAAAGAGGGUACACUAUGCGCUGCAAGGCAAGCUGCUGCCUUUGUCCGUGGGGAUGAUGUCAUUCACAAGUUAUUUACGGAAUUGGCUCAUCGAUACAAAGAUAGGGCUGGUGGAUACACAAGAUUGCUUCGAACUCGAAUUCGUGUCGGUGAUGCUGCACCUAUGGCUUAUAUCGAGUUUAUAGAUAGAGAAAACGAACUUAGGCAAUCAAAGCCACCAACCCCGCAGCCACCACAGAGGGCAGCCAUAGAUCCCUGGACGAGAUCUCGACUCACCAGACAAAUGGCACCACCUAAAGAAGAGAGGAGCACCGAUUCUGAUAAUUGAAGUAUGUCAUUUUUCUCGAAAAUUUUGUUUGGAUAUAUUUAUAUAUUUGGGGGUUGUGCUCAUUUCCUAUUUUAUAUGUAAACUUUAUAAUUUCGUUGACUUAAGACAGUAAAUUUUGCUAUUUAGUGCAAACGAUGAACGGAUUUUUUCUUUGCCGAAAAAACGUGAUUUCAUGUUUUGCAAUAAAAAGUGUGUAUUUGAGUUGAGGUAUGAACCAUUUACUUUUGCUUUGAAUAUCGGAGAGGUUCGAGAGAACUA